AUGGUCAACAACAUUCUAGUGUUUGGAGGAAAUGGCUUUUUGGGUCGUCGGAUUUGCCAAACAGCAAUUGAAAGGGGCUUUGAAGUCACGUCCCUUUCUCGUUCUGGCACCCCUCCCCCAGUCAAGAGUUUAUGGGACAAAGAAUGGACCGGCAAAGUCAAUUGGCGCCGUUGUGAUGUUUUGAACCCUAGAAGCUACUCUAAAUAUCUUGAAAGGGCGGACAAUGUUGUCCAUUCGAUCGGUAUAUUAUUGGAAAACUCUAGUUAUAAGGCACAGAUAAAUGGCCAAACCGCUUUUGACGCUAAGAAGUUACUUCAGUGGGGAGCAAACCCUUUGAACAAUAACCCAAACUUUACAUACGAUGUCAUGAACAGACAAAGCGCACUAACACUUGCGCAGGAAUUUGCAAAGCCCCAAUACAACUCAAAGUUAAAGACAAUGACUUACAUCUCUGCGGAUAGGUCGUUUCCUGGUAUCCCCUCCGGAUACAUCGAUAGCAAGAGAGCUGCAGAGUCGGGGAUAUUGCAGUUAGAGGCCGAGCUACGGCCAAUUCUUGCUCGCCCAGGUUUUAUGUAUGAUGAGUUAGACACAUCUUUGGGUUCGCUUGAUUUCAGGUCUCAGCUGAAAAAUCUGCUAGAUUUGGCGAACUGGAGUAAUAGUAAACUGCUGGGUCGUCGCGUUAACUGUGUAAAUCAGUUGUUUAGGCCAACCGUUUCUACUCAACAAGUAAGUAGAGCUGUGAUCCAGAAAAUCGAGGAUCCUACGUUUAGAGGAGUCCUUGAAUUGGAAGAUAUCCUAAAUGCUUAA